AUGAAGCAGUAUGAAGCUAGCAGCGAUACUAUAACCAAUUGGCCGCCACCGUUCUCGUCCGAGAUCACGCCGUACAGCGAAAAUGAUUUCGAUGACUUGAUUAAAUGCACUUGCGAGACCAAAAAUUUGACUCUUCGAAUCUCUAAGGUGAUCGUCAUUGGAGACAUCGCCGUUGGCAAAACAUCAUUGAUAAACCGUUUUUGUCAUAGGCUUUUUGACAAUAAUUACAAGGCCACCAUCGGUGUGGACUUUGAGGUGGAAAGAUAUGACAUCCUCGAUGUACCUUUUCAUUUGCAAAUAUGGGAUACCGCAGGGCAAGAAAGAUUCAAAUGUAUAGCAGCAUCUUACUAUCGCGACGCUAAUGUAAUUAUAGUCGUGUUUGACUUGGGAAACUUAAUAUCAUUGGCGCACUGUCAGCAAUGGUUGAAUGAAGCAAGUCGUAGCAACAUGAGCUUUUAUCAUAUUUUCCUGGUUGGCACAAAAAAGGAUUUAUUAUCUCAUCCAGUAUAUGAAAUAAUCGAGAAACAAGCAAUUGAGACAGCGACGAGAAUGCGGGCGGAAUAUUGGGCAGUUUCAUCGAAAACGGGUAACGGAGUAUCUGAAUUAUUCACGCGAAUUGCUGCACUUUCCUUUAAUGCAAUGGCCCUGCAAGAAAUGCAAAAUUCGAAAUUCAAGCCAAUUAACAUCGGCUCAGAUACGAUAAGUAAAUAGAAAUCUGAAAUCUG